UGCUGUAGUCAGGGCCAGGCCCUGAGUAAGAGGCUACAGUUUUUUUCCAUUCUGUGAAACAUAUAUGUUUGUCUGUGUCACACAUUGAUCUGUUUCACCUGUCUUUGUGUUUGUUUCCACCACCUCCAGGUGUCACCCAUCUUCCCCAUUAUCCCCAGUGGAUGUUCCUGUUGUGUUCUCUGUCUGUUGCCAGUUCGUCUUGUCUUGUCAAGCCUACCAGCGUGUUUCUUCAUGCUACUGUUUUUCCUAGUCUCUGUUUUCUAGCAUUCACGGUUCCGACAUUUUCUGCCUGCUAUGACACUGAGCCCGCCUGCCUGACCAUUCAGUCUGCCCUGACCUCGAGCUUGCCUGCUGCUGAAUGCCAAGCGUCACGUCUGGAGGAAACCAGGCACCGCUCAUCACCUGGCCAAUACCAUCCCUACGGUGCAGUACAUGAACAACACAACAUCUCAACUGUAUACACUUGCCGUAGCUUGGAGACUUCCUGUGAUGCUAGACAGAAUGGAUCUCAGUGUUAUGGAGCUCUGGGAGGAACUGUCUAUCUCCAGCUGAUGACUGAUGCCACAAUAUAUGAUGAACUCUCAUUUUAUAAAGGCUCAACUGGUGCUGAAACAGAGAUACUCAAAAUGAAGAAGGACAUAUGGGUAAUAAGAGACAACCCCAUUAAAGACAGAGUACACUUCUUUAUAAACAAUGGGACAUUUAGGUUAAAUAACACAAGAAGUACAGAUUCUGGUGAAUACCGGCUAGAAACAUUUAAUUCAGAAGGGAAAUCAUCAGGGAUCAGAGGACUAAAACUGUUCAUCGAAGCUCCAGUGUCCAGUCCUGAGCUGUCCUCUGAGUGUCUGUCCCAUGGAGAGAUGAGGGUGUCCUGUUCCUCUGAGGGGGAUGGUCCCCAGUACAGCUGGACUCUGGAUGGACAGACACUGAGAGACACUGAGGCCUCUCCUGGUGAUGAGACAAACACCAUCACUCUGAAGAAAGGCCUGUCAGGAGAUCUCACCUGUACCGUCAGAAACCACAUCAGCAGUGAUACUGUCAGCAAGAGAAUCUCACACUGUCCAGGGCUGAUAUAUGUUAACUGCACCUUAUCCAACGAGACAAAAGUAUCAGAGUGGGUGAAUGCCACUGGUAAUACCCUGUGUGUUGAGCCUACAACAGUGAAGACUGUGACUGAGGCCCACACCAGUAAAACCUCCACUGGUAAGGGCCCGGGGCAUGACACCCUAAUGACCUCCAGACCCAGCAAUCACACCCAUGGCUUGACUAACAGCACUACUACUAACACCACUCAGACCCUUUGGAUUUUUACCACAAAGUACAUAGGGAUGGCAGCAGGGUCUCUGGCAGGAGUGGUCCUUGUCUUAGUGAUGGUGUUGGCAGUUUACUGUGUCCAGAAGAAAAAGAAACCUCCUUCAAAGACUCCAGUUAUCCCUCUUUCCACAGUGAACGGUGACAGCCAGGAUGUGGAAUAUGCUGAUGUCAGGAUACUGAGGAAGGAAAUGAGACAGAAGGAGAGGGAGGCGCCGGUGGAGGUGGAAUAUGGGCAAGUGAAAGUAGCGGGUGGUCCCCAGCAGCUGGUGGAGGUGGAGUAUGGACAGAUUACAAUAUUAGAGGGUACCAGGAGGAAGGUAGACACGCCUGAGGAGGAGUCUUGUAUGUACGCCAGUGUACGGAAAGGACAGUGAGCAAGGUACUGUCUAGAUAGAAUAUGAUAGAAUAGAAGGAGGCUGAGAGUUGAAUCCCUGGUGCGUCCCCCAAAUCUCUGCGUUCUCUUGAGGUGUGCACUUGUUCACUUGUAGUCAUGGAUUUGAAAGGGAUGCCGAAACCAAUCCUACACCAAUCCAAUGCUUUGAAAUAUAUGUGGAGAGUAGUGAACAAGUGCACGCUUCAGGAGAAAGGAGAGAUUAUUGAGAAUCAACCCCUGAGAGGCCCAGAGUUGACACAGACCGCAGACAUGUUGAAUCAUGUUGUCUUAGUUCCAGUUACAGUGCUUUGCAUGUUGAUGCGUGUUAGUACAUAGUGUCUCUUUCCAAGAAGUGGAGACAUUACUUCUGUUUUUCUUGCCCACAUUUCUUUCUUUCCAAAACUGUUUUUACACUUGGUUGUGUUGCGGUCACUUGUUCCUUUCAGAUGUGUGAUAUGUCACAAAAUAUUUACUGUUUUUGCUGCGUGAUUACAUCCUUUUUGAAUUAUUCUCUAACAUUCAAUACUGCUUAAAGAAUUACUGAGGGAUUUGUAAUAAUUGCAUAACUGGAAUUCAUCAGCUAUCAUAGGCUACUUACUCAUUUCCAAUGCCUUAAGUCAGUUCUUUAAAGCAUGCAGUCCAUCUCCCUAAAUGGAUACAUCUAUAUAUAUGAUGUGCAGGUACUGUGUCCUGAAUAAAGGUAUAAUUAACUAUCUUAGAUAUGAUCAGAAAUGUAUGUACAUACAGUACAUAUGUGGAUGCCAUGGUGCUUGUCCUCAUAGACAAACAACAAAUAAGAGUAUAUUUUAUUAUUUAACAAAUGUUAUUUAUUUUUGAGCUAUUGCAAUCACAUGUUAAUGUUGUACAAUUUUUCUCUUAAAAAAUACAGUACAUGGCAAUAUCUUUUCACACCAUCAACAUAUUUGUUUCCACAUCUUUGGUGUCGCCAUUUAUAAAGUUGCUAAUGCAUUUCCUGUUUGAAUCACAUGAUUUCCAGUCGAAAAUCCCCUCAGCCAGAGGUAAUCAACAGACUGAGUGGCUGAAAAUAUAUUGCUGUGGCUUUUUUGGAGACAUCACCAUACUUGGUUAUGUACUCUAACUAAAGAAUUAUACUGCAUAUCAAAAUAAGAAUAGAACACAUUGGGAAGAGGACGUUGAGAAAUAAGGAUACUGAUGUUUCUAACAGUGUUGACAACAUAAUAAUUUCUCAUGCUUCAUUGUUGAUGCCGUUGUGUGAUGAAAGAAUUACAAUUUGAUAACAAAAGUUUGUUUUUAAAAAGCAAGCAACUGUUGGUGCCUGUAUUCUUUGAUUCUAACAUAUAGAGGUCAGAGGUCAUCCCAUCUGAGGAGUAAUAAACAGUCUUUAUGGCUCAUCAUAGGUGAACUCUCCAUAACCCCAGGCUCAUGAAUGUACCUCUAUGUGGUUACCGAUCUAUAGGACAGGUAGCCCAGAUAUGCUGCUCUAACCAUCUAUCUAACUAACAUCUUCCUCUGAUGUCUUCUAAUGUCUCCUAUUGGACGAUAAUCAGGAAGUAAGUGUCUAUAUCCCCAUAUACGUUUUACAGCAAUGCAAUGAGCACAGUCCCCAUCAACAUGUGAUGCAAACAGCUUAGAUAAGACUUGGAUAAGUCUUUGAUCCUGUUUAAACCCUGCACCAUUUAUAAGUUUGAGCAAUCAUUAAACUUUUCUGCUUGUC